GAGCCGGGGGAGAGCGAAAGCCGGGGCUGCCCGCUGCCGCAGGAGAAACAUGGCAAGUCCAAGAACAAGGAAAGUUCUUAAAGAAAUCAGAGUGCAAGAUGAGAACAAUGUCUGUUUUGAGUGUGGUGCAUUUAACCCCCAAUGGGUGAGCGUGACUUAUGGAAUCUGGAUCUGUCUGGAAUGCUCAGGAAAACACAGAGGCUUGGGAGUUCACCUCAGCUUUGUGCGCUCUGUCACUAUGGACAAGUGGAAGGACAUUGAGUUGGAGAAGAUGAAGGCUGGUGGCAAUGGCAAAUUUCGAGAAUUUCUGGAGUCUCAGGAGGAUUAUGAUCCCUGCUGGUCAAUGCAGGAGAAAUACAACAGCAAAGCUGCAGCUCUCUUUAGAGAUAAGGUGGCUACUUUAGCUGAGGGCAAGGAAUGGUCUCUUGAAACUUCUCCUGCCAGAAACUGGACUCCACCUCAGCCCAAGAUGGCCCUGUCUUCAGCUCAUCGAUCUGCUGGACCAUCCCAGAAUGCAGCUGGUUCUUCCGACAAAGCUUUUGAAGACUGGUUAAACGAUGAUUUCAGCUCCUAUCAAGGUGGCCAAGAGAAUCGCUAUGUGGGAUUUGGGAACACAGUCAACCCUCCGAAAAAGGAUGACGACUUCCUCAAUAAUGCCAUGUCUUCGCUAUACUCGGGAUGGAGCAGUUUUACAACUGGAGCGAGCAAGUUUGCCUCAGCAGCUAAAGAGGGUGCUACCAAAUUUGGAUCUCAAGCAACUCAAAAGGCAUCAGAGUUAGGUCAGACUUUAAAUGAAAAUGUUCUCAAACCUGCACAGGAAAAGGUGAAAGAGGGGAAAAUGCUUGAUGAGUUCUCCAUGGGGGUAUCUCAUCUGGCCACCAAGGUUCAGGGGGUUGGCAGUAAGGGAUGGCGGGACGUCACCACUUUCUUUUCCAGCAAAUCAGAUGAUCUUUCUGAAAGACCACCUGAGGGAGACAGCUAUCAGAACAGCGGAGGAGAGGGCUACCAGAACAAUGCUGUAGAUCAAAGUUUCUGGGAAACCUUUGGCAACUCAGACCCACCCAAGGCUCAUAAAUCCCCAAGCAGUGACAGUUGGACCUACGUGGACAAUUCCACAGAGAAGAAGAGCUCUGAUAGCUGGGACGUCUGGGGUUCGGGGACGGUCUCCAACAACAAGAACAGUAACAGCGACAGCUGGGAAAACUGGGAGACCAACUGGGAAAAUGCUGGAGGGGAGAGCAAGACCAAAAAAUCCCCCAAGAAAAUGACAAAAGUGUCUUCAGCAGCUGAUGAUGGGUGGGAUAACCAGAACUGGUAG